CCUCUGCAGCAUACAGCCUGUCUAUGGAGCCCAGCACCCCCCCUUGGACCCCCGGCUCACCAAGAGCUUCAUUAAGGAACGCUCCAAGGGCAACGUGCUGCUCAUGAAGAAUAAAAAGGCCUCUAGCUUUCACGAGUUUGCCCGUAACACCAGUGAUGCCUGGGACAUCGGCGAUGACGAAGACGAGGAGUUUUCCUCUUUCCAGACCCUGAACUCAAAAGUGGCCAAGGCCACGGCCGCCCAGGUGCUGGAGAACCACAGCAAGCUGCGCGUGAAACCCGAGCGGGCCCAGCCUGCUCUCAGUGACAUGCCAACCAACUGCAAAAUCAUCAAGUCCAGCAGCGAGGCCCAGCUGGCCAGAGCGCCGGAGGAUGCCUGCGUGCGGAGCGCCCUCCACAAGCAGCAGUCCCUCCCGCUCCGCCCCAUCAUUCCGCUUGUCGCCCGCAUCUCCGACCAGAAUGCCUCGGGGGCCCCCCCAAUGACCGUGCGGGAGAAAACGCGCCUGGAGAAGUUCCGGCAGCUCCUCUCCAGCCACAACACGGAUCUGGAUGAGCUGAGGAAGUGCAGCUGGCCUGGCGUGCCCAGAGAGGUCCGGCCCGUGACGUGGCGACUCCUGUCGGGCUAUCUCCCGGCGAACAAGGAGCGGAGGAAGCUGACUCUGCAGCGCAAGCGGGAGGAGUAUUUUGGCUUCAUUGAGCAGUAUUACGAUUCCAGGAAUGAAGAGCAUCAUCAGGACACCUAUCGGCAGAGCGUUGAUGUGAGCUCCUCUUCUGACGGAACAAAUCGCCAUGCUCCGGGACAUGCCCUGGGCCUCCAGAAUACGUGCGCGAAGGCGGAGAGCUACAGUGGUGCAGCUCGCCAGGCGCUGCGCUGCGGGAAACGUGCCUGCACGGACAAGGCCUGGCUUGUCCUCUUACUGCAAAGCUUCUGGGGCCCUCUGAUCUUUGAGAGAAUUCUGUUUAUCUGGGCCAUCCGACACCCAGCCAGUGGCUACGUCCAGGGAAUUAAUGACCUGGUCACGCCGUUCUUUGUCGUGUUCCUCUCCGAAUAUAUCUUUGAGAGAAUUCUGUUUAUCUGGGCCAUCCGACACCCAGCCAGUGGCUACGUCCAGGGAAUUAAUGACCUGGUCACGCCGUUCUUUGUCGUGUUCCUCUCCGAAUAUGUUGAAGAGGACGUGGAGAACUUCGACGUGACAAACCUGUCUCAGGAUGUGCUGCGGAGCAUCGAAGCAGACAGCUUCUGGUGCAUGAGCAAACUCCUGGAUGGCAUCCAGGACAACUACACCUUUGCACAGCCAGGGAUCCAGAAGAAGGUCAAAGCCCUGGAGGAGCUAGUCAGCCGGAUCGAUGAGCAGGUACACAAUCACUUCAGGAAGUACGAGGUCGAAUACCUGCAGUUUGCCUUUCGCUGGAUGAACAAUCUGCUCAUGAGGGAGCUUCCGCUGCGCUGCACCAUCCGCCUAUGGGACACCUACCAGUCGGAGCCAGAAGGAUUCUCCCAUUUCCACCUGUACGUCUGUGCCGCCUUCCUGAUCAAGUGGCGGAAAGAGAUCCUGGAUGAGGAGGAUUUCCAGGGUCUUCUCAUGUUGUUACAAAACCUACCCACAAUACACUGGGGCAACGAAGAGAUUGGACUGCUCCUGGCUGAAGCCUACAGACUCAAGUACAUGUUUGCAGAGGGGCCAGGACUCGGCCUCCCCGCCCCGGCCUGAUCUAAUCACUGUGGCAUUUCAUCCUCGAAGUCCUUGGACACGCCGGCCAGGAGCCACUCCUAGCUGGGCAAAGCUCACAUCGACUUUUGUCGUAGACUUGUACAUGUGCCUGCCUGCCACUCCACGCGUGGAUGUGCCACUCAAACAACCAUCAGUAUUCCAUGCCGCCUAUGGCCCAAGGCGGGGGAAGGAGGCAGACAGUGGCAGCUUCUGAGCCGACAAUGGAGCCUCUGGAUGCCCCUGCAGGCCUGGCUUGGCUCUCAUCAGCCAUCUUAGCCUUGCUGCCUUGCGUUAACCCACCCAGGCACACAUGCUCCCAGCUGGGUUCGUUUUCCCUUCAGACACAGACGAAAAUGCCUUACAGAGACCAGCCCGGUGGAACCCUUUCUGAGGGCGGCAGUGCAGUAGGAUGCAAAAAGCUCUCAGGGCCUUGCUUCACUCUAAGUGUCUGAGGAAGGGCAGCAUU